AUGCAUGAUCCAAGGAAAUCUCAUUUGAUAGCUGCAAAGAGAAUCCCUAAAUACAUCGAGGGUGCCAUGGAAUUUGGUUUGCUAUUCCCCAAUGGAGCUAAAAGUGAAGUUAAUGAGCUCAUAGGUUACUCAGAUAGUGAUUGGUGUGGAGAUCUAACCGAUAGAAAGAGCACAUCAGGCUAUGUGUUCAAAUUCAAUGAUACUGCAAUUUCAUGGUGUACCAAGAAGCAACUAGUCACUGCACUCAUCCUGAGCAAGCACACUGAGACUGUGUUCCAUUUUAUUAGAGAGGAAGUUACAAAUGGAAUGCAUGAUGUGAAGUAUUGUCCAAUUGAGCUGCAACUUGAUGAUGGAUUCACCAAGACACUAAAGCUGGAUAUGUUUGAAUUCCUUAGGAAGAAACUUGGUGAUAUUCAGUAG